UUAAAUAUCAAAGAUUCUCUCUCUUGUCUUUAACAAUACUUUCAUCUCCCCACAUCAUUCUACUUCUGUCUUUCACCAUUCUCUUUCUCAUUUCUCAAAUUUUCACCAUUGUUUUCUUCUUAGAUUCCUAAAAUAGAACACGCUUAUAGAAAUAGUAAGGCAAGCCAAAGCAAAGCAAAUCUCUCCAACUUUUCUCAUCAGGUGAACAAGUGUUAAGAACAACAAUUUUUAAUUUAAAUAUGGAAGGAGAGAACCUAAUAAGCACUGAAAUCCCAGUGAAGGAAGCUGUUGAGGACACUGUUAAGGCCUCCAAUGGAGACUUGCCGCAAGUAGAAAAGGACGGAAAGAAAGAAAAGGAAGAAACCACCUUUGAUGGAGAGUUCGUUAAAGUAGAGAAGGAAGCUUUAGAUAUGAAGGAUGGUUCUAAUGUGGCUAAGCCUGCAUCCUUGCUGGAUAAUGAGCCAACCAUCAUGGAAAGAAGCUUAAGCAAUUCAAGUAGAGAACUACUUGAAGCACAAGAAAAGAUGAAGGAACUCGAGCUUGAAUUGGAAAGGGUGACUGGAGCAUUAAAGCAUUCUGAAUCAGAAAAUGGCAGACUGAAGGAUGAAGUUUUGGUUGCAAAGAAGAAGUUGGAUGAAGGGGGAAAGAAGUACAAUGAACUUGAUCUCAGUCAUAGAAAAUUGCAAGAGCAGAUCAUUGAAGCUGAGCAGAGAUAUAGUUCACAGCUAACCAAUUUCCAAGAGGCUUUGCAAGCUCAAGAGGCAAAACAGAAUGAACUCGCUGAAGUAAAGGAAGCAUUUGAUGGUCUCAACAUGGAGAUUGAAAACUCAAGAAAGAGGAUGCAAGAGUUGGAGCGGGAUCUGCAGAGUUCCGUAGAAGAGGCACGGAAGUUUGAAGAACUGCACAAACAAAGUGGCUCACAUGCUGAGUCUGAGACACAGAGGGCUUUGGAGUUUGAGAGAUUGCUUGAAACUGCAAAACUUAGUGCAAAAGAAAUGGAAGAUCAGAUGGCCUCCCUCAAGGAAGAAGUGAAGGACCUGUAUGAGAAGGUUGCUGAAAAUCAGAAGGUCGAUGCAGCACUUCAAAGCACAACAGCUGAACUUUCUGCUGCUCAGGAGGAAUUGUCACUUUCUAAAUCAGUAGUAUUGGACUUGGAGCAAAGACUUACUUCUAAGGAAGCUCUUGUUAAUGAACUGACUGAAGAGUUGCACAUGAAAAAGGCUUCAGAAUCCAAGGUGAAGGAAGAUAUCUCAACUCUAGAGAAUAUCUUUUGUGCAACUAAAGAAGAUCUUCAAGCAAAGGUCUCUGAGUUGGAAGAUAUCAAAUUGAAACUUGUGGAGGAAGUCAAAGCAAGGGAAUUGGUUAAAGCUGGGCUGAAGAACCAAGAAAUUCAGGCCUCGAUUGUACAGGAAGAAUUAAGUAAAGUGCUAAAAGAAAAAGAAGCUCUAAAAACAGCCAUGUCAGAUCUCAAUAGUAAUGCAGCACAGUUGAAGGAGUUGUGCAGCGAACUUGAAGAAAAAUCGAAGAUUUCGAAUGAGAAUUUCUGUAAAACUGAUUCUCUUUUGUCUCAGGCUCUGUCUAAUAAUGAGGAGCUCGAGCAGAAAUUGAAAUCUCUGGAAGAGCUCCAUAGUGAAUCUGGAGCCACUGCAGCAACUGCUGCUCAAAAAAAUCUUGAGCUGGAGGAUGUACUUCGGGCUUCAAAUGAAGCAGCAGAAGAUGCAAAAUUGAAACUGAGGGAUCUAGAGGCACGUUUUCUAGCAGCCGAGCAGAGGAAUCUGGAGCUUGAACAACAAUUAAAUUUGGUAGAACUAAAAGGCUUUGAAGGUGAGAAAGAACUGAAGGAAUUCUCAGGGAAAAUAUCUGAACUUACCACCAAGUUGGAACAGGUUGAGGAAGAAAAGAAACUGCUGAAUGAUCAAAUGCAGGAAUAUCAGCAGAAGGUAAAUCAGCUAGAAUCAGCCCUAAAUCAGUCUACGAUACAGAACUUAGAGCUCACCAAGGAGUUGAAGAUUGCUGUGGAGAAAAGUGCUCAACACGAGGACCGAGCUAAUAUGAGUCAUCAGCACAGCCUUGAGCUAGAGGAUCUGUUCCAGACCUCUCAUUCCAAAUUAGUGGGUGCUGAUAAGAAGGUCAAUGAGUUGGAGUUGUUACUUGAAGCAGAAAAGUACAGGAUUCAGGAACUUGAAGAACAGGUAAGCAAAUUAGAAAAGAAAUGUGCAGAGGCAGAAGCUGAGUCCACUAGAUACUCUGAUAAGAUAUCUAAACUUGCAUCUGAGCUUGAUGCAUUCCAAGCCAGAACAUCAAGCCUUGAAAUUGCAGUGCAAAUGGCCAAUGAGAACGAAAAGGAAUUGACAGAGUGCUUAAAUUUAGCAACAGAUGAGAAGAAAAAGUUAGAAGAGACAUCCCAAUGCUCCACUGAAAAGCUUGCUGAAGCAGAAAAUCUGGUGGAAAUCUUGAGAAGUGAUUUAAGUCUGACACAACAGAAGUUGGAAAGCAUUGAAAAUGAUCUUAAGGCUGCUGGCUUGAGAGAAAGUGGGGUAAUGGAAAAGCUAAAAUCUGCUGAAGAGCAACUAGAGCAACAUGUAAGAGUAUUGGAGCAAGCUAGCGCCAGAAACUUAGAGCUUGAGUCAUUCCAUGACUCUCUAACAAGGGAUUCAGAGCUUAAACUCCAAGAAGUGAUGGAGAACUUCACCAACAAGGAUUCAGAGGUGAAAUCUUUGUUUGAGAAACUUAAAUUUUUUGAAGAUCAGAUAAAGGUAUAUGAAGAACAGGUUGCUCAAGCGGCUGGACAGUCCGCAUCUUUAAAAGAAGAAUUGGAUCAGAGUUUGAUGAAACUGGCUUCGUUAGAAAGCACAAAUGAAGAACUCAAAAAACAGAUAUCAGAAGUGGAAAAAAAAGAGCUUCAGUCUUCCUCAGAGAAUGAACUUUUAGUUCAGACAAACAUUCAGCUCAAGAGCAGAGUUGAUGAGCUUCAGGAAUUGCUUAAUUCAGCUGUUUCUGAGAAGGAAGUAACUGCUCAAGAAAUUUCUUCACAUAUGUACACAAUUAGAGAAUUAUCAGAUCAGCAUACAAGGGCCUCAGAACUUCGAGCUGAAGCGGAAUCUCAAAUUGUGGAAGCAGAAGCACAGUUACGUGAAGCUAUUGAGAAAUACACUAAGAAAGAAUCGGAAGCCAAUGACCUGAUUGAAAAGUUGAAUCUGCUUGAAGGCCAAAUUAAAACAUAUGAAGAACAAGCUCAUGAAGCAUCUACAAUUGCUGUAUCUCGAAAAGUUGAGGUGGAAGAAACACUUGUAAAAUUAAAGCAGCUGGAAAGCUUGGUUGAGGAACUGCAAUCCAAGUCAGCUCACUUUGAAAAGGAGAGUGGGGGACUAGCUGAGGCAAAUUUGAAGCUGACUCAAGAACUUGCCACAUACGAGUCAAAACUUAGUGAUUUGGAGGGAAAGCUGGCUGCAGCCUUGUCAGGGAAGGAUGAAACAGCUGAACAACUUCACAAUUCAAAGAAGGCUAUAGAAGAUUUAACACAGCAGAUUACUUCUGAAGGGCAGAGAUUACAAUCUCAGAUUUCUUCACUAAUGGAGGAGAAUAACCUGCUUAAUGAAACACAUCAGAAUACAAAGAAGGAAUUUCAAUCAGUAAUAUUACAGCUUGAAGAGCAACUGAAAGAUGAAAAGGGAAACGAAGAAUCUCUAAAAUUGGAGAUUAGAAAUCUCAAGGCUGGGUUUGCGGAGAGUUCCUUGUUACAAACUCGCGUCAAAGAACUUGAAGAACAGUUAGUGACUGUUGAAACUCAACCGAAAGAAGAGAAAGAGGCAGAUUCUCAGAAAGAGUUGGAACGAGAAGGGGCUUUAAAGUGUUCCCUUGAAGAGCUUGAAGCCAAAAAUAAAGAAGCAUUACUUCUCCAGAAGCAGGUCAAAGAGUUAGAAGAUAAAUUGCAACUGGCAGAAGCUAAAGUGAAGAGAGAUGGCAAUGCGGCCAAAUUGAAGGAUGGCGUAGAGGUGAAAUCCAGAGAUAUUGAUGGAUUAACUUUUUCAACACCAUCAAACCGUAAGAGUAAGAAAAAGUUGGAAGCAGCAUCUGUGCAAGCUGCCUCCUCUUCUUCAUCAGUUACCCACACUGAAGCUUCACCUUUGACAACCUUAAAGUUCAUUUUGGGAGUAGCCUUUGUGUCCGUGAUCAUCGGUGUUAUUCUUGGAAAGCGUUAUUAGUUUAGGUUUGUGUUUCUUGAUUUUGCCCCCUUUGUUGAUUUUUCUUUCCAUUUUCCUUCAUAUAAGUAAUGCACAGCAGAAUGGUAAAGCUUAAAUUUGUGUAUUUUUUCUUGCUCAGAUUUUGAUGUUGGUUGGGGAACUUGUUUUCACUCCUUCCCUUGCCUGUUUGUCAAACAUAGUUGGUUUAUGUAUCAUCAUUCAAGUUUGUAUUCAGUAAAUUGAUUGGAUUGCACAA